AUUUGUAGAGCAUUGAAAAAGACGGUCAACAGAUCAAAUUCUAAUACUCCAUUUCCGAAGUAGCAGACAAGAUUUUGUCUCCAUAUCCAGAGUUGAGAGUGAGAAUUCUCACUCCUUGUUAAGCCCUAGCCGCCUUCUCCUGCAGUUUCCGACGCCGGCUGCUCGCCGAACAAGGCUGAGCUUACUGAAAACAGAAUGGUUAGAGCAUAUUCUCAAGAACACACUUACAAGCACCCAUGGGAACGAGUAACCGCUGCAUCUUGGCGCAAAUUUGCUGACCCUGAAAAUAAACGGACUCUGUCGCACAUCCUUGAGGUUGAUACUUUAAGCCACAAGCUUGAACCUAGUUCCGGAAAAUUGUACACUACUCGAGCUAUAACCAUUCAUGCUCCAGGACCAUGGUUUCUUCGUAAAAUCAUUGGCCAGGAUAUGUGCCACUGUGUUGAAUCAACCAUGGUUGAUGCACAAUCUCGCUCAAUGCAACUUGCAACCCGUAAUAUCAGUCUCCAGAAAUUCAUUGAAGUGGAAGAGAAGAUUAGGUAUGACCCCCACCCAGAUAAUCCAAAUGGAUGGACCAUAUGCAAGCAGGAAACUAGCAUAAGGAUCAAGCCUCUGUCAGCACUGGCGUCUAUGGCAGAGAAGAUAGAACAGAAAUGUGCAGAGAAGUUUCAGCAUAAUAGUGCCAAGGGAAGAGAGGUUAUGGAGAGGAUUUGUAAGUAUCUUGAAGCUGAGUCUAGGGGAAUGUCAGUCUAAUUUGGAUCUCUUUGUUUGACUUGUGCCUCAAUAGUUUUGUAGUUUCCAGUUCUGCUUAUAGUAUGGUAUCUAAAUCAACACAAACCUUUUAAAGGAAUGGAUCACUGAGGUUGAUGUUGUACACCUUGUCUGGACUUGGUAGCUGGUUGUAAUAAUAGGAUAGCAUGGUGGAACAAGCAAUACAUGUUGGGGAAUCUUGCAGUUGGUUCUCCUCUAUAUAUACUUAAACGUCCUUUUUCCUUUC